AACAAUAAGGCAAGCAGGCAGGCAGAGUGCAUCGCUCUCUCUCUCACUUACUCACUCACUCACUCACUACCACUCACACACACACACACACACACACACACAAAGAGACCGGCGACAGCAGCACUGGGGAGUCAGCAGGAGAAGGAGACAGCUGGGAAGAGUGUGGCAAGCAGAGCAAGGCACGGACUAAUGGGACCCUCGCUGCACCGAACGCGUCCAUGUGGAGCUGCGGGGAGCUGCCACUUCCUCUCCUCAGCAAAGGCGAUGCAGUAAGAAGCUCUGUGUGGUAAUGCAGCACCGGACAGCCCUCCUGCUCUAAAGCUCUCCUUGGAAACACUGUUACUUUCUGCUCAACAGGAUGUGAGAACGGGCAGAUAAGAGAUCAGGAUGAUAGUGGUGGCCCAAAUCGAUGAGGACAGACCGAAGCAAUGGAGGAGCCGACGCCCGACCCUGCCUUCGUUGACGUGGACCAGGGAUUAACUUUGGCAUGCAUCGCCUUUCUCUGCCUCCUGCUGGUGGCCAUGAUCAUCCGCUGUGCCAAGGUCAUCAUGGACCCCUACAGUGCUAUCCCUACCUCCACCUGGGAGGAGCAGCACCUGGAUGACUGAUGGUGGCCUGGUCAGGCCCACUGCCCACUACUAGCACGGGGCAGGAGUCACUCUCCCAGCACAUACACAUAAGAGAGGGAGAGGGAAGGGGAGAGAUAGAAAGAGAGAGAGACCCUCUCUGGGGCUUGCUGAUGUUCUGCUCACAUGCUCUGACUGAAGUCAGACUAAUAGAGUCUUUAGAAAGCUGCUUUGGUCUCUCUCGAAAUUAUCUUUUAUUGUAGAACUGUUACAUUACCUGAGCACACACUCAUCUACAUGAUGGCUACCUGCUUAGCUUCUCUGUAGCAAGAAGAGCCCAGUGGCCCCAUUCACUAAUAGCAACCCCCGUAGGAUCCAAAACAAACUUGGGGAAAUAUUUUUGUCUGGCUGCUGAAACUGUUCUUAUUCCUCACAUCAACAGGACUAGAUUGUAUGUUGCUCAGUAUGCAUUGACCAUCUUAGUACAUAAAGAAAAUCCUGAUAGUAUACUUGAUUAAUGAAUUUAAAAUAAACGUUUCUUCUAUUUACACAAAAUGAGGAUCUUAAAUUUAUACCUUUUUUAACAGUCAUGACCAACGUUGAGACUCAGUGGACACAUGCCUGCUCUUGAAAAGCCGAAUAACCAUUAUUCUCAGUCUGUUAACUUGCAGGGUUUAGUUCCAGAGGUUAUCUUCAGAGCAUGCACUGCUAUCAGUAGCUGCUUGGAUGCAAAUGGUGCUUGGUGCGUCUUGAUCCAUUGUUUCCGCAGUCUCCACAUCAGAAGCUGCUGUGCUUGCUUCUAAAAUUAUUUCCUGUCCCGGCCAUAGUUUGGGAACAUUCAACGUUUCCUCUGUUACUCUGAAUUCUCUCAGUUUGCUAUGACAGUAUGUAACAUGAGCUUGUACAAAGCAAUUUCUUUCUUCAUUUGUUUGGUUCCCCUGUGUAAUAUCUCACAGAAGUGUUAUGAAUAGCUUUAUAAACUAUAUUCUGAACUGCAUGUUAUCAAAGUGCCUCAGCUUAAACCACAAAGAUUGUCUUGAAUAGUUUUGAGCCUUUAUAACAAAAUAGUGAGUUUAGUGGCAGCGGAUGACACAGAUAUAGGGGCGAUAUAUCUCAGGAGGUAAGACCGAUUGUCUGGCAGUCGGAGGGUUGCCGGUUCAAACCCCGCCCUGGGCAUGUUGAAGUGUCCUUGAGCAAGACACCUAACCCCUAACCUCUAACUGCUCUGGCGAAUGAGAGGCAUCAAUUGUAAAGCGCUUUGGAUAAAAGCGCUAUAUAAAUGCAGUCCAUUUACCAUUUACAGAUAUGGUCUCUGUUUGGUAUGAGACAAAAUCCAACGAAAUGAAGUCUGUCUGUUGUUACACUUAAUAAAAAAAUGAAUUUA